AUGCGGCAGAGCACCAGCCUGCAGCCCGGCACAGCCCGCCGCAGCGCCGCUUGCCAUGGAGGGACCACACCGCGGCUGCUGCCUCCUCCUCCUCCUCCUCUGCCUGCUCCCACCGCUGGGUGCCCUGGGCCCGCCACCACCUCUGGAGGAACCCUGGGAGCCACCGCUGCCACCGUCCGGCACUGCUGACCCUGCCGCCCACCUGCUACGCAGCCGCCCCUCGGCCCCGGUUCGGCCCUACAGCCUCUCGCUCUCCCCUGAGGACUACCACUACUCCCCCAAGCCCCGGCAUCUGCGGCCCGGGCGGCUGCGCCGGCUCCUGGGCUCGGCCUUCGACCCCUUCUGGAUGGCAACCGAGGAGCCCCGGAGCCGUAACGGCAGCGUCCCUGAGGAGAACCUGGAGUCCCUGAGCCGGGACCUGGCAAAGGGUGCUGGGCACUACCGCCGCAAGCUGUGGCGGGAGGCAGAGGGGCUGGAGCUGCCCGCGCUGCUGCCCCCCGUCCCUGGGCUGCCCCCCGAGCUGCCGGGGGUCCUGGCCCGCCGCCUGCGGCAGUGGCUGGUGGAGCAGGCUGCCUGCCGCCUCACCUCCACAUGGGUCGACCUGGGACCUGUCUUCUGGCCCCGCUGGGUGCGCCACACCGCCUGCAAGACCGGCCCCGGUUGCUCCUGGCCCCCCGGCAUGACCUGCCGCCCCGCACAGCUCACCCACAUCAAGCUGCUGGCCUGGCACUGCUGGGCCCCCCAGACCCCCGGCCCCCCGCACUGUGCCUGGCGGCAGAUCCCCUACCCAGUUGUGGCCGCCUGCAAGUGCUCCUGCAGAUGAGGAGGCUGCGGGGGGGGCUGCUCAGAGACCCCCCCCAACUCCUGUUCUUGCAGCCAAAUGGCCUGAAGAAGCAAGUGGCUGUCUGGGGCCAGGGAGCUGGGGGAAUAAUCCUCCAAGCGGAGAAAUAAACAUCCAGAAAGGAAGCAGGGAGUGGCUGCGGGCAUUGCUGUUUCUCGCGAAGC